AUGAUAAAUAGUAAAAUAAAAGAUAUUUCAUUAGCUGAAUAUGGUUUUAAAGAAAUAAAGCUUGCAAAAUCUGAUAUGGCUGGUUUGACAGCCUUAAAGGAGCAAUAUGAGGAUUCUAAACCAUUGAAGGGAGCUAAAAUUACUGGUUGUUUACAUUUAACAAUUGAAACUGCUGCAUUAAUUGAAACUUUAGCAGCUUUAGGUGCUGAAAUAAGAUGGUGUAGUUGUAAUAUAUACUCAACUCAAGAUCAUGCUGCUGCUGCUGUUGUUAAGAGUGGAAAAGCUAUGGUAUUUGCGUGGAAGAAUGAAACUAUUGAAGAAUAUUGGUGGUGUGUAAAUCAAGCAUUAAUAUGGCAAUGUGAAUCAGGAAUUAGUGGACCAAAUUUAAUUAUUGAUGAUGGUGGAGAUGCCACUUUAAUAGUUCAUGAAGGAGUAAAAGCUGAAAAGUUAUAUAGAGAAAGUGGAAUUAUACCAGUAUAUCUUGAUAGCAUCAUAGAUAAUAGAGGUUUCCCAUUAUCUGAAGAUACAAAGGCAAUGUAUGCACUAAUAAAGCAAGAUUUAAUAGUAAAUCCAUUUAAAUGGUCUGAAAUAUCCAAAAAUAUUUGUGGUGUUAGUGAAGAGACUACUACUGGUGUAAUGAAACUCAAUAUGAUGGAAAUGAAAAAAGAAUUAUUAUUUCCUGCCAUAAAUGUAAAUGAUAGUGUCACAAAAUCCAAAUUUGAUAAUAUAUAUGGUUGUAGACAAUCGUUAAUUCAUGGAUUAUUUAAUGGUUGUGUACCAAUGAUAGGUGGUAAAGUAGUAGUAUUACUUGGUUUUGGUGAUGUUGGAAAAGGUUGUGCUCAAGCAUUAUCAGGUACUGGAGCAAGAGUAAUAAUUACUGAAAUAGAUCCUAUAUGUGCACUACAGGCUAUAAUGGAAGGGUAUGAUGUCAAAGUUAUGGAAGAUGUUAUUCAUAUAGGAGACUUUUUUGUUACUGCUACUGGAAAUAAAAAUGUAAUUACUCUUGAACAUAUGAGAAACAUGAAAGAUAAUGCAAUUGUUGCUAAUAUUGGACAUUUUGAUCAUGAAAUUGAUGUUUUAGCAUUAGAAUCUUAUCCAGGUAUUAAAAUAACUGAAAUUAAGACUAAUGUUCAUUUAUAUACAUUCCCUGAUACAGAGAAGGGGAUUGUAUUAUUAUGUAAAGGACGUUUAGUUAAUCUUGGAUGUGCUUCUGGUCAUCCACCUUUAGUUAUGUCUAUGUCAUUUACUAAUCAAAUAUUAGCACAAAUUGAAUUAUGGAACAAUAGAGACAAAAGAUAUAUGAAAAAAAAGGAUACAGUUUUGAUGAAAAGUGCUCAAUAUAAUGAAGAAUCAUAUUUUAAAGUUACAAGACUUCCAAAGCAUCUUGAUGAGUUUGUUGCAAGGGUACACUUAAAUGUUGUGGGAGCUAGACUUACAAAGUUAACAAAAGAACAAGCCGAGUAUAUUAAUGUGCCUAUUGAUGGACCCUAUAAAUGUGAAUCUUAUCGUUAUUAA